UACUGUUUCCGUUUCGGAGCCAAAGCAAGCGGAGGCAAGGUAGGCUAUCCACUUGCCGCUGUCAGAGUUUAUUUUACGCCUGCUACGUUAGGUUAGGCGCUACUGUCAGAGACACACCUAAAGCAUGGAUGCUCUGAAAUCAGCUGGAAGAGCGAUUAUCAAGAGUCCCGGAGUUCCGCGGCACACAUGGGGCACCUCCAAGCACGAAAAGCUGCCAGAGAACUGGACGGACACCAAGGAGACCCUAUUGGAAGGGAUGGUCUUCCAGGUCAAGUACCUGGGGAUGACCCUGGUGGGGCAGCCUAAAGGAGAGGACAUGGCUGCUGCCGCUAUACACAGGAUAGUCUCUACGGCCCGGGCCAGUGCCAAGAAGUUCCGUAAGGUGAACCUGACCAUCUCUCCUAAAGGAAUCAUCAUCACAGACACAGAGACACAGGAAGUCAUAGAGAACGUCUCCAUAUACAGAAUCUCCUACUGUACGGCAGAUAAAACUCAGGACAAGGUGUUUGCCUACGUUUCCCAGAUUCAGUUCAACGAGACGCUCGAGUGCCACGCCUUCCUCUGUCACAAGAAGAAGAUCGCUCAGGCUGUGACUCUAACGGUCGCCCAGGCCUUCACAGUAGCGCUGGACCUGUGGGAGAUCGCUCAGGAAGACAAAAGUCAGAAGGCCAGGAAGUGCUGCUCGUCUUCUGUCAGAGAUGGACAGACAGAGACUACAAACACACACAGUGUCUCAGACUCAGAGAAGCACCAACCGCUGAGGAAGGAGGAGAAACUGAGACGGCCAUUCUUCUCCAUGUCAUUCAGCUCUCCCUCACCCAGCAACAAACCCGCCAGGAAACGACCAAUCAAGCACGACUCCUGGGAAGUGGAGGAUGACCUCGAUGAUGCAUUCUCAAGCAGUUUGGAGGUAGAUGAGAUGGACGCUGGUAAGUGAGCCUGGCAGAGUCCAGGUCCGGACCACAGUCUGAGGAUGGAGGACCACCUCUCCCUACAGGACCUCAUGUCCCUGAGCAGUGACCACUUAGACUAACACAACA